AUGUUGUUGGAUAUAGAUAGUUUUGGAGUGAGUGAUUUUCCUGGACUGAACAAAAAAGAUAAGAAUGGAAAUAGUUUUGUAACCCAGUUUCUUAGUAAUAUCGAAAUUUAUGUUCAGUUUGGUUAUCUGUCGGAUGAAUUUGAGGAAUGUUCACCAAGCAAUCGUCUUCAGUCCAUAUCACCUCAUGUCACUGGCAAUGGUACCAGAUCACCACGCCGAAAAAGUAAAUCACCUCAACCACUUGAUAACAGUACGGAAAGGUGUGGUAAUUGCUCGCCACAUGCUAGUGUAAUUAGAGAUUCGCGACCUGAUAUUAUUGCUUGGCCAACACCACCCAAGGCGCAAAGUGGCAAUAGCAACAAUAAUCAGGGAAAUAGUUCAGAGGAAUCGACGAAGCUAUUCUCUAUCCUCAAAGUUGCUUCUUCAACUGCACCUCGAGGAAGAGAAAGUGAGCUGAAGAAGAAAAUACAAACUUUGGAGGAUACGGUUGCUGAAUAUGAGCGACAAAAAUAUAAUGUUAUGGGUACAUUUAGCGAAUAUAGAGAACGAGUAGCAGAACGAGAACGAAAAUUGGAAGCGGAAUAUUCUAGCCGAAUAAUAGCUCUUAGUGAAGAAGUUCUUGGAGCUAAAAAAGAUUUCGAAGCUCGAAUGAAAAGCUUUCAAGCUUUACAAGACAAAUUUGAGCGAGAAAAAGAACAAGCGCUCGAAAAAUUACGCCAAGAGCAUCAGAAGGAGAUUCAAUUACUGGAGCAGCGUUUUUCCGAAUCACAGUUACUCAAUCUGGAACAAAAAUAUAUGAUUGAAAUUCAACGGCUAGAAGAAGAACGAAAAAGCUUAAAAGCUGAAAAGGAGCGACUGGGAGAGACGUUUGAGAUGAAACUUCGAAGAGCACAAAGUUUAUAUGAAACAGAAUUAACAGCAGCUAAAAUGUUGUAUUCUAAAGAACUUGAAGCGCUACGAGAUCACGAAGAAGCUCUCAAAGAGGAACUUUUAGCACGGCAAGAUGAAUUCCACGAUCGUCUCCAAGAGUUACAAGAUCAGACAAAACGGAGUAGAGAAGAACUUGCAACAUGUAAGAAUGAAGUGACAGCACUGGAAAAACGAUUACUAAUAAAGGAAGCAGAAGUUGUGGCAAUCUCGAAAGAGCUUGAGGAAGCUCGCAACGAAACGAACGAUUCAUUGAGAAAACUUUCGCAAUUAGAAAUCGAACUACAGGAAGCCAAACAACAAUAUCGACAACAGGAAGAGGAAUUGCAACGCAAAUCCAAUUUACUGAAUAUUGUGGAAACAGCAAAAAGUAAGCUGGAAGCAUUCAUUCGGGAUUUACAAGCAGAAGUAAAGGCAUUGAAAAAUAAGGUGGAAUUUUUGGAAAAAGAACGAGAGAAUUUGCAAAGUCAAAGUGAAAGUCAAACAAAAUUGCAGAAUUCACAAGUAAAUGCUCUCGAAGCGGUUCUGGAAUCAGUGACAAAGGAAAAAGAAUCAACAAAAGAUCACUAUGAAAGUCUUUUGGAGAGAGAACGUCAACAGGCAGAAGAACGUGAAUAUGCAAUGAAAAAAGAAUUUAGUUCGAAAUUAAAUGAGCUCGAAUCUCAAUACAACAGCUUAAAGGAUCAUCUGGAACAUGGUACGAAACGAAAUGUAGAACAGGAAAUAUCUGAUGUUAAAGAAGAAAAUCGUGCAUUAUUGAAUGAAGUGGAUGCAUUGAAACAUAAACUUGACCUAUUGGUAGAUAGCAAUGAUGAUGGUGGCAGUGGAACAGUACGAAAAAUUAAGCAAUUAAUUGAUGAAAGUGAUGAAAUGAAAAAAGAAGUGGAAAGAUACAAGGAAUUGCUGAAUCAGAAAGAAAUAGAAAUUAAAAAAUUGGAGCAACUUGAGCGGCAACAUACUACAGUUGAUGAGUUGCCAAUUAUCAAAGAUGAAAUUGGAUUUCAAAUAAUGAAUUCAGAUGGAUAUUUGAAAAUGGAAGAGGAAGUGAAGAAGUUGAAAACUAAGAUCGCUGAACUCUUAGCUGAACGAGAGGAUGUGGCAAUUUUAAAUGAAAACUUAAUGAAAUUAAAAUUUGAAAACGAAGAAUUAAUGAAUAAACUGGGGAAUCCAAAUGAUCAAGAUCCAAGUGAUAUUAAAAGCAGUGAACAAAUGAGAUCUAAUGUGGAUCGGAUAAUAACUGAAGAGAUUAGUCCGGAAUGGCAAAGUACAGAAAGUUCAGAAAUCAAUGCGAGACGUUUGCGAGAUGAAUUUCAAGCGCAGUUGGAAGAGCGAGUUGAAGAAGAAGUAUUAAAAGUAACAUCCAGAUAUGAAAUGGAAAUCAAAAAAGCCAAAAACAAUGCCGAUGAGAAGAAUAAAGAAUUAGAAGAGAGUAUAAGGAUGCUGGAAAAUGAUUGCAUUCAAAAAGCAAAACAAAUUACCGAGCUAUCCGACAAAAAUAAGAAAUUAACGGAUGAAAUAAGUGCGACACAAUGUGAACUUGAAAGAAAAAACCAGGAAAUUAAGAACUUUAGCAAAAAGACUGACGAAUAUCUCAGGAAGCGAGAAAAUCAACAAGCUCAGAUCCUCGAGAAAAAAAUCAUAAGCUUGAAUAAGGAGCACGAAAAAACGAUCGGAAUGAUGAAAAAACAUGAAACGGAGUUGACUAGUAAAUAUCAGAAGCUUCAGCAACAGCUUACAACUAAGCCUGAAACUAGCACACGUGGGAUACAAACGAACACUAAUGAAGGAAGUGAAGCAGGAACGAGUAAAAUAAAUUCAGAAUUGAAUGAGGAGACGCAACUGUUGCGAAAUGCACUUGAAGAAAAAGAUGCUCUCAUAUCUCAGCUGCAAAAAGCCCUAGAGAUUUUACACGAAUCCGAAAUAGAGGACAAGAAAAACAGAUCGAACAGUUUCACUGCAGGUGAAAGUUCCAAAAAUCAAGUAAUUAAAAGCAAUUUACAAAUUUUACUUACUGAAACGCAACGACAAACUAAUAGUAACAUGAGAAGUAAAGAUGGACAAGAAUCUGCCAAGAGGAAGAAAAGGAAAGAAAAAGAAAAUAACGGAAAGGACAAAGUGAAUCAUUCCGUAACUGGUAUACCACGACCAAAGUCACCCAACCAUUCCGCCCGACUUUAUGAACGCAGUCUUACAAAGUCAAAAUCACCAACAGCAGAUCUAAUAAAGCAAAAGGAUGACAAAAGAAGUCUGCUGUAUCCGGAUUUUGAACGACCUUCAUCAACUGAGGAGCACAGGCGAAGCUCGCCUGGACACCAGCCAUCAUCACGGUCUAAAAAAGAAACCACUUCGUCAUCUGCUGGUUCAUCCAAUUCUUCGGGUAAUAAGGAUGACUUGAAAAGACCUGCUUGGAAGUUCUAAUACAAAGAUUUGCCGACCAUCCAAUAACCAUCCAACAUCCCAUGAAACCAUUCAUUAUUCCUUGUACCUCUUCGUUUCAAACCUG